UAUUUUUUGUCAGCUGAGUAAGUACUGAUGAAUAAUAAAUCAAUUGGCCAAAAAAAAAAGGUCGACUUUUGUCAAGUCGAUCUCAGUCUCAGUGUCGUCGCCAUUUUUCAAGGCAGGCGGACGUCAAGUCGGGCCGUGGGUCGCACGGUUGUGGGUGUACUGAGUUUUAUUGAAGCGUAACAAAUUUUUUUCGACUCUACCCUUAAAUUAAUAAGUGAUUAAAUUACCAAUAGGUAAAUUAAUUAAUUAAUUAUUUAUUGUUUUAAAUAAUAUAUAAUUAUUAGAGUUAACUGGAUCCGUAGUUUAAACCCACGUACGGGUGAUUUGUCCUGGGGAUUGACAAGUUUUGAAUUUUAAAAAAAAGUGAGGAGUUCCUGCGGUUGAUUGUCAGCCGCUGCGAGAUUGAUCAGCUUGAGGAGACUGCGGAUGAAUAAUCGGCUUGUGUUAAAAUAAAAAAAUAUAUAGAUACAUAUACAUAUAUAUUGCAUACAUACAUAUUGUAUUAAUAAGCUUAUAGAGGCCUAUACCUAUAAUAAUAAUAAGAGAAGAAAGUGGUGGUGCACGGCCUCACGUCCUCGGCGCACGAGUUUACUCUCGGCGGUCGGCUUCGAUUUUCUCCGGGCUUGACGAUGAGUUGCCAAAGAAACACUGGCAAGAUCACGGUGCCCGAAGACCUCAGGAAUAUACUACUUGAGUUUACGAUCAGUUAUCUCCUCGAGCAACCUGGCGACAUAAUUGAUUAUGCUGUUGAAUUUUUUACUCGUUUACGUGAUAAUCGACAAACUAUGUUGAUCCAAUCAAAUGCUACGUGUUCAUCAACACCCGACGAAUCUGUCGAGGAAGAGCCACCGGUUGGCAGAUUCGCUAUCAGAAGAAAAAGCGUUUUCGCUGAGACUUAUGAUCCAGAGGAAGAUGAGGAGGACGAGGGUGCCAAGAUGGUGUAUCCAAAAAGCGACGAGCAGCGGCAGAGGCUGAGCGAGAGCGUCAGAAAUAUUCUUCUAUUCCGCGCUCUCGAUAAGGAACAAAUGGCAGAUGUGCUGGAUGCGAUGUUCGAAAAGAACGUCGAACCGGGAGAUUAUAUCAUACGUCAGGGCGAUGAUGGUGAUAAUUUUUACGUCAUUGAAAGAGGCAAGUUUGAGGUAUACGUCAAAGAUCCAUCAGGCCAGGACAUGUUGAUCCACACGUACGAUAAUGGCGGAGCAUUCGGUGAAUUGGCGCUUCUUUACAAUAUGCCACGUGCAGCAACUAUUAAGGCCGUCACUAAAGGAACCUUGUGGGCCAUGGAUAGACAAACAUUCCGACGUAUUUUGUUGAAAUCCGCUUACAAGAAACGCAAAAUGUACGAGAAUCUUAUCAACAAAGUCCCGAUGCUUAAAUCGCUUGAGGCUUACGAACGGAUGAAUCUUGCUGACGCACUAGCUCCUAAACACUUUUCCGACGGUCAGCAGAUUAUCCGUCAAGGGGACAUGGCUGACGGCAUGUACUUUGUCGAGGAUGGAGUCGUCAAGAUCACGAUUAUCGGGGAAAACGGUCGUGAGGUUGAGAUCAAUCGUGUACCCGCUGGUGGUUAUCUAGGUGAAUUGGCUCUAGUCACACACAAGCCCCGCGCUGCCUCAGCAUACGCAGUUGGAAAUGUCAAGCUUGCCUUUCUGGAUGUCGAGGCAUUUGAGCGGCUACUUGGCCCCUGUAUGGAGUUGAUGAAGCGCAACAUCGACGACUAUGAAGAUCAAUUAAUUAAAAUAUUCGGAAGUAAAACUGACAUUUCUGACAUCCGAUGAAUGUCUUGACCGACAAAGAAUCAACAUCGCGUCAUUUUUUGGCAAUCAAACAGCUGGAGGUGUGUUUAUAUGUCAAUGUUAACCUGUUAUUACUGCCCUUAAUUGUGUCUUUAUUUCUAUCGAGUCAAUGUUCUUCCGUGACUAGAACGUAAACAUAAAAAUUGCUGAAAAAAUUUCACGGCGAUGAUUGGAUGCUAUUGGAUUAUAAAAUCGAUAGUAUCUAAUCAUAACUGGGGACUCAAAAAAGGGAGAGAACGAGAGAGAAAAAAAGUUUGAUGAGCGAUUGAAACCUGGGAUUAUAAAGUCCAAUAUAUAUAUAUAUUUACUCUAUAUAUAUUCAUAUAUACAGAGUAUUAGUAACUACUUUACCUUGACAUCACUUGGGCAUUGUUCUUGUAGUUAAAUAGAGUCAAAAAUAAUUGCGAGCACAUACAUUGUAUCUGUAUAAUUUAUAAAUAUAUAUAUAUAUGUAUACAUAUACGUGUAUAAAUUAAAAUGAUACUAAAAGUAGCAGAUAAAAAUUUUUUUCUUUUAAAAAAGGAAUAAAAUAUUCAUAGGAAAAAAUUUUUCUAUGCAUAAUUAAAAAAUUUGUUUAUAAAACAAUAAAUUGUCACACAUCUGAUACUUUUGGUAUCAUAAAUUUAAAAUAUUGUCUUUACGUACAAUCGCUCUUAGACGAACAAAAAAAAAGUUUAUUGAAAUUUAAUUUAACUUUAUUGAGAUAAAUAUAUCGUUAUUAUUGUGUUAAAUAUUUACUAUGAAUUGUUGUUGGUAUUUAUUAUUAUAAUUAUAAUAAAUGUAUGUUAACAGUAUUUAUGAUAAGUGAAUUAUGAAAGUAAUACUUUUCAAAUUAUACAUCAAUGAAGAAAUGUUUUUAUUUUAUUAUUUUUUCUUUAUUUAAAUGUUUCGUAUAAUCUCAUUUGUUUUUAGUAAUUGUAAAAGAAUUUAUGAGAAUGUUAUAUAUGUGUAACGAUAUAUAAAAUAUUUAAAUGAUUGUCUGGGUUAUUAUGACAUUUAAAAAUAAUAAUAAUAAAUAUAUAUAUGUAAGUCAGUUAGUAAGAAGAGAUAAAGGAAAUAUUUAAAUUACGUAAGUUAUUAAGUCAUGUAUGUGUGUCAUUGUAAUGAAUAUUUUCCGGAGAUAUAAAAUAAUAUAAGAGCUUCCUUCGAGGCACUUUGGUAUAAAAGUCACGUAAAAUCUUUUAUUAUUUAUAUUACUACUAUAUUAGUCAAUUUAUUAUUAUUAUUGUAUUUAAUAAACAAUGAAUUUGUCAUACUAUGUAUAACAAAACAAAAAUUAUUUUGUUUUAAAUGUUUGUAACAGAAAAUAAUUGUAAAGAAGGUUGUGUGUGUUGAUGAUUUAAAUGAAAACAAAGUAAAGGAAUUUAUGGUCAAAGCAAUAAUGAAUAAUAAUGAUAUCGACUCUUUACUGGUCUUGUGAAAAAUAUUAUUCAUAUUUGUUUUAUCGGUAAUGAGUAGGCACAAAAUUUUUGCCUUAAUUUUGAAAUGAAUGGUUCAAAUGUUUGAUAUUACGGCGAAAAUAUUGGUCUCCUAAAAAAAGUUUUCAAACAAAAGUUGUAGAAAAUUUAGUUUUCAAAAAAAAAUGUCUCUUAUGAUUUUCUUUUACGACCAAUACUUUCACCGUAAUUCCAAAGUUAAGAUUCAUAAUGAAUGAUUCCAAUUUUUGGUAAUUAUGAAAAUUUUUAUUUUGAAAUUACGGCUUUCUCAUUGGUCCUACGAAAAAAUUAUAAGAGACAUUUUUUUUAUGAAAUAAAAUUUUGAACAACUUUUAUUUGAAAAAUUUUUUCAUACGACCAAUAUUUUUGCCGUAAUAUUAAAAAGUCGGUACCGUUAAUUAUUAAUUGUUAUUUUUUAAUUAAGGCAAGAAUCUUGACCCUAAUGAGUUUGCUUAAGAAGGUCAUAAUGGCUUAAAUUUAAAUAAAUAGAUGAAUUUAUUUCAUUAAUAUUGUGUAUGAAUCUCCUUGUAAGGAAAAAAAAUUUUUAAAACUAAUAAAUUAUUUAAGAAACAAAAAAAGCAUAUAUAUAUAAAGUAAGAGACCCAGUACCUAAGGGAACAUUCCCUGAUUGGGUACUAGUUCCCUGAUCAGGUACUAGGUCGUUUACCCCAAAUUGUAUCAAUAAAAUAAAUUUAUAAAUUAUAGUACUCAGCCCGGGAUUAAAUAAAAAGGGUUGCUGUACAUUAAAUGUCUUCGUCCAUUAAAUUGAACACGUGUCCGUUACGUAAAGUGUACAUUAUUUAAGACGUUUUGUUGCCUAGCACACACGUCAUUAAAUUGUAUAUUUAUUUAAACGUUUA